UGGAUGACGUGGUGGACCGAGUCUAUCUAAGAAUUUCUCUGUGAAUUAAUUAGUUAAUUGCGUGAGAGAAACUAUUAGGUAACCAUUUUUGUUUUGGUAAGUUGCUAGGAACUAGGAAGUAGGAAUCAGUCAAAAAUAUUGUUUAGGGCUUUUCUUAGGUAGUUUCCUUUUCUUUACGGUGAAGAAAUGAAUUUUCUUUCAAGAAAGAUAAGGGGCAAUUAAAUCCAUUAGAUGCUGAGUCAUCUAUGAAAGUAAUGGCUUUAGAAUGUUUCAAACAUCUGAAUUGCAAGCUGCAAGAUAUAGUUUCAUGACAUCUAGCUUGUCAUGGAAAGAUAAAAAUAAUUGACUCAGCCAAUUGCAUUGUCCUUCGAUGGCUUAAUUGAAUUGUAUUUGACUCUCGAAUUCAUAGGUUCCAGAGUUCUGCCCUUGAGGCAGAAUCAAAAGUGAGAGGGACGGAGAUUUGAUGAGAAGCAAAGGCCUUCUAACUCUCUCUAGUAUUUUAGGUUAUAGUUCUAGUGAAGAAUUUAGAAAAUUUUGCCCGGAUAAGAACCUUUGCUGCUUAGACUAGUUUAUGACAGGGUUGAAGAAGUUUCGUGGAAUUUAAGUUAUUAUUAUACCAUUGCUGAUGAUGAAAGAGAAUUGUAUCCUUUUACGAAAGUCAAUCACCAACCACCAGAAGUCAGUUAUUAAAUUCUUUCAGGUAAAGAUGAGGAACCGAGCAAGUAAGUUCCAUGUUUCUUAUAAACAUGGCAAAUUGACUUCAGUGCUAAAAAUAUGUAUAAGAGCGGGUACUCUCAGAACCUGUAGCAACACAUAACAAACUGCUCUCCUGGAAUUCUCAUAAGUUCUUUAACUCUUUGACCACAUCAAUCAAAUCCUUUCAUUUCAACCCAAAACCUGCAAUAACACUUCUCUCAUCUUUCUGGUAUUUAACUGCACAUAUAAAACCAAAAGUCUAAAUAAAUAGGUUCCUUGAUAUCCCUACAUAGAUCCAUUUCUGUUGAACUUUUAUUUUCUAAGGCAAUAAUAAAAGCAUAAGUGAUGGCUGAAGGUUCAGUAGUCUUCUUUCUUACAAAGCUUACGGAAUUUCUCCAAAAAGAGGGAAGCCUAUUGUCAGUAGUUCGAGAGGAAGCUGAGUAUAUUAGUGAUGAACUCGAGUUUAUGAAGGCCUUUUUAAGAGUUGCAGAAACAAUAGAGGAUAGUGACCUUCAGCUCAAAGUGUUUGCCAAGAAAGUGAGAUAUCUUGUCUUUGACCUUGAAGAUGCUCUUGAUGAUUUCAGAUUGCGUAUUCCUUCUGAUAAUGGAUACGGAUUCCGUGCUUCUCUUCAAAAGAUAUCUAACUUGAUUAAGAGUUUAAAGGCUCGGCGUCAUAUCGCUUUGAAAAUGCAACGCAUCAAACUAAGAGUAAUUGGCAUUUCAGAGACACAUCGAAGAUACUUGAUAAGAAACAAUAUCAUGGAACAGGGCUCAAGCUCUAGCUCUGAGAGACAGCUUUCCAAAAGAAAAGAUGCACUUCAACUUGAAGAAGCUAAUCCUGUGGGCAUCGAGCACCCUAAGAAGAUGCUUAUCGAGUGGCUUUUCGAAGAUAGAUUUGACCGUGAAGUUGUUUCGGUUGUUGGCAUGGGUGGUCUUGGUAAGACGACUUUGGUGACAAGAGUAUAUCAUAAUAAAGAAGUCAAGAAACGGUUUGAGUUUCGUGCUUGGAUUACUCUUUCUCAAUCUUUCACAACAGAAGACUUGUUAAAAGAUAUCAUUCUCCAACUAUUCUAUUUUCUCCGAUUAUCAGAUCCUCAAGGAGUAGACAACAUGGACAACGAUAGGCUUAGAACAGUAAUCAAUGAAUUUCUUCAGGAACGAAGGUACCUUGUUGUCUUAGACAACGUCUCCAAUGCUAAAGCAUGGUAUGAUUUUGAGAAUGUAUUGCCAAACAACAGCUGUGGCAGCCGUAUAUUACUUACAACACGAAAUCAUGAUGUUGCCUUGGCCUCAUCGCCUGAUAAAGCCUAUAACUUGAGUCCAUUAUCUCAAGAAGAGUCGUGGACUUUGUUUUGCAGGAAAAUAUUUCAGAAUGAACCCUGCCCUCCACAUUUGGAAGGUGUUCUGCGAAAAAUCCUGGUAAGAUGUCAGGGAUUGCCGCUUGCAAUUGUGGCAAUUGGCGGUGUUCUUGCAACGAAGGACAGAUGGAGAAUUGACGAAUGGGAACUGGUGCAUCGAAGUCUUGGCGCUGUGCUAGAAGAUAAUGACAGAUUGAGAAGUAUAUUGUCACUAAGUUACAAUGACUUGCCGUACUAUCUCAAGUACUGUUUGAUGUAUUUCAGCAUUUUUCCUGCUGAUGACUCAAUUGAGCAUGCAAGACUUGUCAGAUUGUGGAUAGCUGAAGGAUUUGUGAAAGAAAAGGAAGGCAUGACAUUAGAAGAAGUUGCUGAAGGCUAUUUGAAUGAGCUUAUAAAAAGAAGUUUGGUUCAAGUGGUUGACACCACUACUGAUGGACGGGUCAAAACUUGCCGCGUCCAUGAUAUUCUCCUGGAAAUGAUAAUUCUCAAGUCAAGAGACCAAGAUUUUGCAGCCAUAGCUAACGAACAGAGUGUUACAAUGAUGUGGCCUGAAAAGGUUCGGCGCUUGUCUAUACAUAAUGUCAUGCCAAGCAUUCAAGAAAUGCUUACUGCCUCAAGACCGCGUUCACUGCUCAUGUUUUGGUGGUUAGAUUCUUUACCUGAAUCUUUUGUAUUGAAUCUGUCUUCUCAUCGGUUACGGCUGCUUAAUGUAUUGGAUCUGGAAGGCGCACCUUUAACAAAAUUUCCAAAUGAAGUUGUCAGCCUCUACCUUUUAAAAUAUUUGAGUCUAAGAAAUACCAAGGUGACGUCCAUUCCAAGCUCUAUUGGCAAGCUUCAGAACCUAGAAUCCUUGGAUUUGAAGCACACCCAUGUCACUGAAUUGCCAACUGAGAUUCUGAAACUCCAAAAACUUCGUCACCUACUGGCAUAUCGUUACGAAAAUGAGUCUGAUGAUCAGAUUGACACCAAAUAUGGCUGCAAGGCACCAGCUCAAAUAGGAAGCUUACAGUCACUACAAAAGCUUUGCUUCCUGGAGGCAAACCAAGGGAAUAACCUUUUGACUGAAUUGGGAAAACUAAAUCAACUGAGGCGGCUGGGCAUUGUGAAGUUAAGGAGAGAAGAUGGGGAAACACUGUGCUCUUCCAUCGGAAGGCUGAGAAACCUUCGUGCAUUGUCUAUUUGUUCUGUAGAAGAGAGAGAGAUCAUCGAUAUAGAAAACUUAUUGUCUCCUCCUAGAUUUCUUCAGCGGCUGUACUUGUCAGGACGUCUUGAGAGAUUACCAGAAUGGAUAUCUUCGCUCGACAGUUUGGUGAAGGUGGUUUUGAAAUGGAGUGGAUUAACCAAUGAUCCUCUACUGUUGCUUCAGCAUUUACCCAAUCUAGUGCAUCUCGAGUUUGUGCAGGUUUAUGAUGGAGAAACUUUGUGCUUCCAAGCUAAAGGGUUUCAGAGGCUCAAAUUUUUGGGUCUAAACAGGUUAGAUAGACUCAAUAAAAUAAUGAUCGAGCAGGGAGCAAUGCCUAAUCUGGAAAAGCUGAUUGUUCAGAGCUGUAGAUCAUUGCUGAGGGUGCCAUUAGGCAUCGAAUCCUUGAACGAUCUUAAAAUUUUAGAGUUCUACAACAUGCCUUUAGAUCUAAUCAUGGCUUUACAUCCCAAUGGAGGAGAAGACGGAGAUUAUUGGAAGGUUGAGCGUGUGCCUGAAGUUUUCUUCACCUAUUGGUAUGAUGGCAAUUGGGAUAUCAUUUCUUUGGAGAGUUUUAAAGGAAAAAACUCUGCUGACUCUGGACCUAGCAUUAUGCAGCGUCCUCGUCAUAUCUGGAAAUAAUGGACAAUGAUGGUGCUGGCAGUAGCGGUAUUGGCGACGCCCAGUUAGAUAAGCACAAAAGGAUUUAUGCAGAAAGAAUUGACAUUAGUGACUGCAAACAGUUUGGUUCGGUUAAUAAAUGAUAGGAUGUUAUGGAAGCAAGACCUUCUGGUGGUGGUUAUAUUGGUAGCAGUACAAGCAGUUCAGAGAACGUUUACUCUUUUUAUUGCAGUCGAAAAAAUCACAGAAAUUCUCUAUGUCGUUCAGCUCUCUUAUUCUUUCUGCAAUAGUGAGAUUUUCUUUUAACUUAUUUUCUUUUAUAUUUUUUGGGUUUGUUUUUUAUUUUAAAAUGGAAGUGAGCAGUAGGGAUUUGUGUAUCGAUGUUGUGCUCUUUUAUAGCCAGUACUUUUUGUUACGUCUACUAAAUUUUGCAGCCUGUUAUGAGGACAAGGAUGACUUUUGCUCAAAAACUCCAGUUACAAAUUGCCUUUGAAGCAUCCAAGUUACAUCAAUUAUAGCUUCACAAGAAGAAGAUUUGCGAGGCUGUUACAAUCGUUGAGACUCCUCCUACGGUGAUUAUUGGAGUUGUCGGAUAUGUUAGGACACCAUGUGGUCUCCAUUCUUUGAACACUGUUAGAGCGAGAAGCUGAAGAGAAGGUUCCUUUCACUAAGUACUCAAAUUAGUUUGAGACUGAAGAGAGAAAGAAGAGUGUCCAAGCACAGCUUGAGAAAAUAAAGAAAUAUGCAAUUGUUAGUUGUGUCUUAACUUUUCAGGUUGUUAGGGCGUCGAGACUUAUCUAGAAGGGAAGAGAUUUAACAUCAGCACACGGGAAGCAACUCUGAUACCUUGUGGUACUCUUCAGGUCUGUUGUUAAGUUUAUUUAAAUGCCCAUUUAAUCUUUUCGAAUUGUUAGGGAAUAAUGUGAAAAUUUGGUGACCAACAAUAGAUGCUAUUACGACUAAUUAGUGUUCUGGUUGGUCUGAUAUAAUUUUGAUAUCAUCACUAGAUUAUUAUGUCUUUGGUCCAUAAGGAUGCUCGUACACACAGUUAGAGGCACACUCACGCCCAUGCCUAUUUAUAUCUCUGCAUAUCCAUACUUAUGCUUCGAUACACUCCUCAAAUUUUCAUUCGACUACAAGACAUAUGGAGUAUAAUGGUUUAGGAGUUUUAUAGAAGUGAUUAUUGGUAAAAACUAUGUUGGUCGAAGGGCAAAUUGACAAGAACAUGUGCAAAUUCUAUGAUCUCUCCUAAUGUAAAAAUCCAUGAAGAAGGGUGUUGGUGCUGGAUAUGAGCAACUCUUUGGCUUUAAAAUUUGGGUGCAUGCUUUGAUGUAUAUUUUCUUUUUGAUCUUCAAAGGUGCUGCUAUAUUACUCAAAGCAUAAAGAAAGGAACAUCCUCACAAAUACAGGGCCUGAUGUGAUAGGAACAUCCUCCAUGAUCACUGAAAAACCUGAUAAGCUCAAUGCCCAUUGCGCUAAAGCAUGCUAUUUUGAUUCAAUUAGCUUUAACUUUACUAGUAGAAACAACAUUAACAUUUGAUGUAUUUUUUUUUUGAAACUAACAUUUGAUGUAUUUAGUUGCACAUGAGUUGGGCAAUUUUGUUGCAAUUUAAUUUUUAUCGGUGCUAAACAAAUCAUAGUAGCUUAAAUAGUA